ACUUUUGAAGUGAAUGCGUGUGUAUAUAUCCCGCCACGACCUGCGGAGAGUGAGAUGUUCAAUCAGAUUGCACAGCAUGAGUGUGCAAGCGGAGGGAGGGGGGUGCAGGCAGGAGGGUAGGUAUGCCCCAUGCCUGAGCCUGACAGAGAUGCUCACACUCCAGCAACACUGUGAGGGAGUAAUGAGUGGAGUCUGGAGUUAUGGAAACACAGACGACACGGUAAAGAACGUUUCUUCGAGGAUUCGCGUACGGUUGAUGCCGCUUGGAGUUGGACAACCGGAUUCUAAAUAAAGUGUUGCAAUGUUCGAAUUCCGAUCAGCACUUGUACGUUAAUUUGUAUCAGCGGUCCUGCUUUUGGGAGGUAGAGCAGAAUAACAACGUCGCAGCAAGGAGGAAUUCCACCGCUCAUUUCGGAACCCGCGGUGCACGUCGUUUUUAGUUGAGAACAUAACCUGUUGCUCGAGUGCACUUUGGAUACGAACGUACUCAUCGUGCGCAGUCUGCUCGGUUAUACGAGUGAGUGGGCUAUGAACACGGGACAUAUAGAUUUGAUCGGUCUUAUUGAGGACGUGUAGUCUAGUCUACUAUCGGCGGAGCUAGUUGUAGGCUUCCCUGGCGUGCCAUGCGAGGCACCUUUAUUAUCAGAUAUGAGGGAAACAGCGUGACGACAUAGCCACCAAACAGCGUCAAUGCUUUUCCAGGAGGGUCAACAUAACAACACUCAAGUUAUGUAUUGAAAACAAUUUCACUCAAACAUGAGUUCUUCCGCCUGCAGAAAGGUAGAUAUACUAUACGUCGGCGUGUUUGACUUAUUAUUUACAUGGAACUGAAAUUCGGAAAUUAAUUUAGGCAAUUUUCCCCCGGAGCGAGUUGUUUUUUUGGGUAGCUUCAUCUUGCGACACGUUGUGAAAAUAGCGUGCACGUUUGGAGUUACAAUGCUGGUCUAUUGGGUCACAUUUAUUCAAGCGUUCCUAAUAUUGCUGGUGAAAGGAGCCGACCAAUGGAGCCUCCGGGAGUCCUCUAACUGCGAGCUCAAUAAGAAACAAAGUGAUCUGAACUCUUUCCUGUGGACCAUCAAACGUAACCCUCCGUCCUACUUCUACGGCACGAUCCACGUCCCUUACACGCGCGUCUGGGACUUUAUCCCAGAGAACUCCAAGAAAGCUUUCCAGGAGAGCAACAUGGUUUACUUGGAGCUGGACCUGACUGAUCCUUACACCAUCUCAGCCCUGACCAGCUGCCAGCUCCUCCCUCAGGGGGGGACACUACAGGAUGUUCUACCCAGAGACAUCUACGGACGCCUCAAGAGGCACUUGGAGUACGUCAAACUCAUGAUGCCAUCGUGGAUGACUCCUGACCAGAGGGGUAAAGGCCUCUACGCUGACUACCUGUUUAAUGCAAUAGCGGGGAACUGGGAGAGGAAGAGGCCUGUUUGGGUGAUGUUGAUGGUGAACUCGUUGACGGAGGCGGACAUUAAGACGAGGGGGGUCCCGGUGUUGGAUCUGUACCUGGCUCAGGAGGCAGAGAGGAUGAGGAAGAGAACAGGCGCUGUGGAGAAGGUGGAGGAGCAGUGUCACCCGCUCAACGGACUCAACUUCUCUCAGGUGAUCUUUGCCCUGAACCAGACCCUUGUACAGCAGGAGAGUGUGAGAGCAGGCAUUCUGCAGGGCUCCUAUACCACUGAGGACCUCAUCAAACACUACAACUGCGGAGACCUCAACUCCAUCAUCUUCAACCACGACACCUCACAGGUCCCCAACUUCAACAACGUGACCCUGCGCCCCAGUGAACAGAUAACGGCCCAGGAGAUAGACAGCUACUUCAGACAGGAACUGAUCUACAAGAGGAACGACAGGAUGGGGAACAGGGUCAAGGCUCUGAUGGAAGAGCACCCUGACAACAGCUUCUUCUUCGCUUUCGGAGCAGAGCCCCUGGUUCCCCCUGGCUCCACGGUGGCUGUCCGCCAGAGCCCCUGGUUCCCCCUGGCGUUAACCCCUGUCUGCCAGAGCCCCUGGUUCCCCCUGGCGUUAACCCCUGUCUGCCAGAGCCCCCCUGGUUCCCCCUGGCUCCACGGUGGCUGUCCGCCAGAGCCCCUGGUUCCCCCUGGCAGCCCCUGGUUCCCCCUGGCUUUAACCCCUGUCUGCCAGAGCCCCCUGGUUCCCCCUGGCUUUAACCCCUGGCUCCACGGUGGCUGUCCGCCAGAGCCCCCCUGGUUCCCCCUGGCGUUAACCCCUGUCUGCCAGAGCCCCCUGGUUCCCCCUGGCUUUAACCCCUGUCGGCCAGAGCCCCCCUGGUUCCCCCUGGCGUUAACCCCUGUCUGCCAGAGCCCCCUGAGCCCCCUGGUUCCCCCUGGCUUUAACCCCUGGCUCCACGGUGGCUGUCCGCCAGAGCCCCCUUGGUUCCCCCUGGCGUUAACCCCUGUCCGCCAGAGCCCCCUGGUUCCCCCUGGCAGCCCCCGGUUCCCCCUGGCUUUAACCCCUGGCUCCACGGUGGCUGUCCAGAGCCCCCUGGUUCCCCCUGGCGUUAACCCCUGGCUCCACGGUGGCUGUCUGCCAGAGCCUUCGGUUCCCCCUGACUUUAACCCCUGUCUGCCAGAGCCCCCGGUUCCCCCUGGCGUUAACCCCUGUCUGCCAGAGCCCCCGGUUCCCCCUGGCGUUAACCCCUGGCUCCACGGUGGCUGGCAGAAGGGAAAGUAA